UAUAUAUAUGCUGUCUAUGAUGAUCGUCGGACGUCGGCUCUCGGUUUGCCGUGUGGAAAGUGCGACAGACUCGAUGCAGCACCGCACGUGAAUUUUUCUGUGUUUUUAUUUUGUAAAUGAUUAUUUGCGGUGUGGAUUAAGACUUCGUCAAUAUGGGUAUCUUAGAAAAAAUAUCCGAAAUCGAGAAGGAGAUCGCUAGGACCCAAAAAAAUAAAGCCACUGAGUACCAUCUGGGUUUACUGAAGGCAAAGUUAGCCAAGUAUCGUUCACAACUGCUAGAGCCUUCCAAAAAGUCUGAAAAGGGUGAAGGUUUCGAUGUCUUGAAGUCUGGAGAUGCCAGGGUGGCUCUAAUUGGUUUUCCGUCUGUCGGAAAAUCUACCCUACUUAGUACGUUAACUCACACAGAGUCAGAGGCUGCCUCAUAUGAGUUCACAACCCUGACAUGUAUUCCUGGUGUCAUUGAAUACAAGGGUGCUAAUAUACAGCUUCUUGAUUUGCCUGGUAUCAUCGAAGGAGCUGCCCAAGGUAAAGGUAGAGGACGACAAGUCAUAGCUGUAGCAAGAACCGCCGAUUUAAUUUUAAUGAUGUUGGAUGCCACAAAGCAAGAUGUUCAAAGGCAAUUAUUGGAAAAAGAGUUGGAGUCUGUAGGCAUAAGAUUAAACAAGAGGAAGCCCAAUAUAUAUUUUAAAAUCAAAAAAGGUGGAGGACUAUCCUUCAACUCCACGUGUAUUUUAACAAAAGUAGACGAAAAGCUGGUCCAAAUGAUCCUGCAUGAAUACAAGAUAUUCAAUGCUGAAGUAUUGUUUCGAGAAGACUGCACUGCUGAUGAACUAAUUGAUGUUAUCAAUGCCAAUCGUGUGUAUCUGCCUUGCCUUUAUGUUUACAACAAAAUAGAUCAGAUUUCAAUAGAAGAAGUAGACAGAAUUGCAAGACAGGCAAAUAGUAUUGUAGUCAGUUGUAACAUGAAGCUUAAUCUUGACUAUUUAUUGGAAACUCUUUGGGAAUACCUUGCCCUUAUACGAGUUUACACAAAGAAACCAGGUCAGCCACCAGAUUUUGAUGACGGAUUGAUUCUACGAAGAGGUGUCUCUGUUGAACAUGUUUGCCAUGCCAUUCAUCGCACACUAGCAGCCCAAUUUAAAUAUGCUCUUGUUUGGGGUACAAGUACAAAGUAUUCACCCCAAAGGGUUGGCAUACAGCAUAUUAUGCACGAUGAAGAUGUUAUUCAAGUUAUGAAGAAGUGAAGAAAUUUGUUCCUUGGUCAGUUAAAUUGAUGUAACAAGCUAAAGACAAAGAUAGGGAAGAUUUUUAUAUUUUUGAAACAGGGGGUACAUCGACGCUAGAAAAAUAGCAAAGAUCGAUUUUUGCAAUUCAUUUUAUAAAACGUAACAGAAGGGGUAUUUUAAAGGUACACCCAUUUAACACAAUCGCGUUCCGAAUCGCAAAAUACUGAGAUAUAUACUGUUUUAUUAAUAAAAAUUUUAUUAAAAAGCAAA